CAAUGGAAUUUUUACCGGUAAGGCGCGGUCACACUGGCAGCAACAAAUGUGAAGAUUGUUAGAUUUAGCCAGUAAAGGAAAUAAGCGAAGUAAAGAAAGGGCAACUAAAGAAAGGAACUCAGUAGAAAGCCACGAUGCCGCCUACGAUCAACAACUCGGCGGUAAACAACGCCGCCGAUAAGCGACCCCAGCGGCAAACGGAGCGCAAAUCGGAAAUAAUUUGCCGCGUAAAAUAUGGGAACAACCUGCCGGACAUCCCCUUCGAUUUGAAGUUCCUGCAGUACCCCUUCGACAGCCACCGCUUUGUACAGUACAACCCCACGUCGCUGGAGCGGAACUUCAAGUACGAUGUGCUGACGGAGCACGAUUUGGGAGUUACAGUGGACCUGAUCAACCGGGAGCUCUACCAAGCGGACUCCAUGACACUGUUGGACCCCGCCGAUGAGAAACUGCUAGAGGAGGAGACCCUAACGCCCACUGACUCGGUCCGCUCCCGACAGCACUCGAGGACCGUGUCCUGGCUGCGCAAGUCCGAGUACAUCUCCACGGAGCAGACGCGCUUCCAGCCGCAGAACCUCGAGAACAUCGAGGCCAAGGUGGGCUACAACGUGAAGAAGUCCCUCAGGGAGGAGACGCUCUAUCUGGACCGCGAAGCGCAGAUCAAGGCCAUCGAGAAGACCUUCAGCGACACCAAGAGCGAGAUCACCAAGCACUACUCCAAGCCCAACGUGGUGCCCGUGGAGGUGCUGCCCAUCUUCCCCGACUUCACCAACUGGAAGUACCCCUGCGCCCAAGUCAUCUUCGACAGCGAUCCGGCCCCCGUGGGCAAGAACGUGCCGGCCCAGCUGGAGGAGAUGUCGCAGGCCAUGAUCCGUGGUGUGAUGGACGAGAGCGGGGAGCAGUUCGUGGCCUACUUCCUGCCCACGGAGCAGACGCUGGAGAAGCGCCGCAACGACUUUGUCGCUGGAGAACUCUACACGGAAGAGGAGGAGUACGAGUAUAAGAUUGCUCGCGAGUACAACUGGAACGUGAAGACCAAGGCCUCCAAGGGCUACGAGGAGAACUACUUCUUCGUAAUGCGUCCGGACGGCAUCUACUACAACGAGCUGGAAACGCGUGUGCGCCUCAACAAGCGUCGCGUGAAGGUUGGCCAGCAGCCCAACAACACCAAGCUUGUCGUCAAGCAUCGCCCGUUGGACAGCAUGGAACACCGCAUGCAACGGUAUCGCGAGCGCCAGUUGGAGGUUCCUGGCGAAGAAGAGGAGGAGGAGGUCGAGGAGGAGUUGGCAGUGGAUGAAGAGCAGACCCAGGGCGCUGGCGAUGCGGAAAAGGCUGGAGAGGAUGCUUCGGGCGGGGCUCAGGCAGCAGAUGGCGGCGACUCGCCUGCCCAAGUAGCUCGCGAUCGACAGUCCCGCUCACGGACACGCAGCCGCAGCGGAUCCAGUUCCGGAUCGGGCUCUGGCUCCGGAUCACGGGCCAGCAGCCGCUCAAAGUCUGGCUCCCGGUCGGGCAGCGGAUCGCGAUCUCGCUCCAACUCCCCGGCAGGAUCCCAGAAGUCGGGAUCAAGAUCGAGAUCGGGCUCUCGUUCCCGGUCCCGUUCGAAGUCCGGCUCACGCUCCCGUUCUCGGUCCAAGUCCGGAUCCCGAUCCCGGUCGGGGUCCAGGUCUGGCUCUGGAUCUCGGUCGCCCAGCCGCUCCCGCAGCGGUUCGCCAAGUGGUUCCGGAUCCAGUUCAGGAAGCGGAUCAGACGAGUGAAAAGUGUCAAAAGAUCACCUUUUAUAAUAAAUAAGAUUGUAAUUAAUUGUAAUGAUUGUAUACAUUUCUUAAACCGUGGUACACACCUGGCAA